CUAAAAAAAACUAUGUAAAUGAUAUUCAAUUUAAAGUGAAAUUGAAUUAUUCAAUUAUUAUAUACAUUAUUAUCAAAAGUUAUUUCAAUUGCCAUGUCAAUUUUACGAAGAGCACAGCAAUGGAGCACUUUUACAACUACUUGGCAUAUAUAUGACGCAAAAUGGCAAGAUCCUUAUAAAAGUGCUGAAUUAAUUAAACAUUAUUUACUGGGUAUGCACAAACCAAUAUAUCAUCCAUUGAAUUAUUGCGGUGAUCAUGUGGUUGUAAUAAAUAGUAAAGAUAUAGCAUUAAGAGGAGACGAAUGGAGAAAACGUGUUUAUUUUCAUCAUAAUACAUACAGUGGUGGUGCUUCUUGGACUCUUGCAUGGGAACUUCAUAAUUUAAAUCCAACUUUGAUAGUGUCCAAAGCGGUUUAUCGUGCAAUGACAGGAAAUUUACAAAGACGAUACACAAUGCAAAGAUUGCAUAUUUAUCCAGAUGAAAAUGUUCCAGAAAAAAUACUACAAAAUGUUUCUAAUCAAAUCAAACAAUUAAGAUCAGUUCCAAUUAGAUUAGAUCAUAUUCCUAAAGAAGAAGUUGAACAAUUUCCCAAAUUGUUAUCUUAUCCCGAAGAUUUCGUGCUUAAGUGAUUUAUUCAUUGUAAAUAAAAUAAUGAUUACAAUUUAAUAUUAUUGUAUGAAUAUUUAAAUAUAAAUAGUAAAAGUCA